AUGUAAAAAGGUAAUUAUCAAUAAAGGCGCUUAGAAAACCAAAGGCCAACAUUUGAAGAAAACGAUGAUUUAUUUUCUAAUAUGUCUAAAUUGCAUAAUAAAAUCCACUAAAAUAAUUAUCAUUAAGAAUUUUAGUAGAAAUUUUAAAACGAGUCAAGCAGUAGCUAUCCAUAAUCUAUCAAUAAUUUUGAUAAGAUAGUUAAACAAAAUGAUACAAUAAACUAAAAUAAAUAAAAAAGCGAAGAAGCAGAUAUAAUUUAGUAAAGUUAAGUUUUUGGUCCAUGUCAAAGAUUUUUUGAUCAAUCUUGUUCUAGUAGAAGUAUCAACUUAUAAAAUACUAUUGAUGUUUCUUAAACAACCAGACCUUUUGUUUAAUACUAUUAAAACCAUCAAUAAUUUCUUAAUAACACCUAAGUUGAUAAAUUGGAGAGAAAAUAAUUGUAGGAAAACAAUUUAAGUCAAUAAAAUAGCCUAAAAUUUGGAAAUUAGGUAGAGUUGAGUUGCAGAGCUAAUAAAACACAAUUCUUUUAAGCAAAUUAAUUUGAUAAAUAUAGCAUUAAGGAAUUAAAUUAAUAGAAAGAAAGUAUAACAAAUAAUGUUUAGAGUAUAACAAGUAUUAAAUAUAACUAACCUUAACAAAGAAAAAAUACGUUUUAUCAAAUAUUGACAUCUAAAAUGAAUAAAUAAGAGUAAGUAGACUCUGCCAGGUUAGAAAAAGGAAUAUUCUUAAUCAAGAACCUUUUACCAAAUUUGGGAUAGAAGGGUUUAAGAAUUUAGUAAAGAGUAAAACAGUUUGUAGAAUAAUUAUAACUUAGUUAACCUAACAGAAAUAACCAUAACUUAAACGAAUAGAUUUAUAAAAUAAUUGAUGACAAAAAUAUACAAGCUCUUAUAGUUAAAAUAUAUUUUUAAAAUUAAUUUACCUCUAAUUAUGCCAACUGA